GGCGCCGUCAUCGGCGAAGAGAAGAGAGACGUCUCGGCUCGAAAUACAAAAUAGGCCAUGUGUCUUUUCGUUCCGAGUUUGACCGAUAUUUUCCGUUACGUACCGUAUUUAUGGUUAGCCUGUCUACCGUUGUGCGGUACAAUAUGGGGAAUUCGGCAGGCAGCGGGGCAAUCGAUUUUAAUGUUAGUCUUUGUCGUCGUCUCUAGUCUGAUUCCCGGGAAUUGGAAAACCUGGAUUUCAUUUUUAGAUUUUUUAAUAUUUCUUUGUUUAUUGUCAUUCCCUUAUACCAUUGUGCCUUCCAUCUUAAUAUGGAUUUAUUAUUAUUCAAUGAUUGCAGUAGAACCUUUACUUCUUGCUAUUGAAUCCUACCAAGCUGUAUAUUUUAUUACUGCUAUUGGUCAAGAGUUAGCAAAUUUGGUAGAAGAGAGGCCAUUCCAUGGAAAGGGAUUGACGCUCGUCGUUUCCGGUUUGGCUUAUUUUCUGACGAUUUCAGUGGCGGUUUCACCAUUCGUUUCCUCUUUUCCCGUUUGGGUUCGUUGGACUUUGGCCGUUUGCUCUUUGGUUUCGAUCUGCGUCACCAUCCACAACGACUACGGUAUCAUCAGCGAUUGCGCCUCCGUCUCUUUACUUUCUUGGCUGGUGCUGUGUGAUGGCCCGGGGGAAACUUACGCCGGAUCCCGGUUUACCGACGAACAGUUUAAAGAGUACGUCUUCCUCUAUUUUACCUGGCCCAAAAAACGAUUUGCCUAACGCCAAAGGUGCGCCCGAAAAUAGAAACGAAACGACUUUCGUCGGCGGAUGUCGCUUUCCGAAGGAGGC